GGUACUUCCAUUUCUCUUUUCUUUUUCGCACAGCUCGUUAUCUAACGAUCAAAAAGCAAGGAAAAUGGCAGCCGGAAAGAAAAGAGUGGAUCAUGUCGCCUGGCAAAUCGAAGUGGCCAAUAAUGAAGAAUGGGAAGAACUCACCAAACUUCAAGGACUAGUCGUGGUGGACGUCUACUCCGAGUGGUGCGGUCCGUGCACGGCCAUGGCCAGCCAUUUGAAAGAGAUUAAAUUACAAUUAGGGGACGAUUUCCUUCAUUGCGCCCUGGCUAAAGCGGAUUGUAUCAGCCAACUCGGCAGGUUCAGGGGUCGCAGCGAACCCACUUGGCUUUUUGUGGCUGGUGGUGAACCUGUAGCGUUAAUCAGAGGCGCUAAUGCUCCGCUCAUCCGCAAAACUUUAUUGGCGGAAUUACAAACAGAAAAGGAAGUUAUAGAAGGAACUCGCCAACGGAUGACGAUGGCGUGGGAUAGUUUCGACCUGCCCAACAGUAAUCCCGAGACCGAAGAAACCAACCACAAGGAAAUUGAAUUGACGACUGCGCCGGAUAACUGGCUGGAGCUGGACGGAUUGACUUUGAAAGGAUCGUAUCAAUUGAUCAUCGAUAAACUGAUGGAAGCAUUGGCAGAAAAGAAUAUGGAAAUAUCCGCCAGAUCGUCUGUCCGUCUCCACAAAAAAGAUUGUCUCAUUUUGUGGUUCCCGUCGUCGGUGGAGGAUGAAACCCUGGCCGAAUGGUUCGAUGUUACCAUCAAAAGUCUCAUCGCCGAAGUGGAACCAAAAAUUGUCAAGGAAGAAGAGAACGAAGAUGAAUUGGUGGAGAAGAUUGAAGGAAUAGAAUUGGAGGAAAAACCUGAUAAUUCGGAUGAAAACGCAGCCGCUGAAGUCACCGAUGAAGAAUCUGAUUAUCAACCGAUCGAAUUCCACCUGAUAUCGGACCCAGACGAAAAAGAAGCGCUAAUCAAACAAUUGGAAAAGGAAUCAGCAGAGGAAGGAGGAGAAGAAGAACAAGUUGAAAGUGAAACAGUUGAAGAAGCUGCCGAAGAAGAAGAGGAGAAACAACCGGAAGAACCGGAAGAAGUGCCCGUUGAAAAUGCGGAAGAGAAUGCAGAUGCAAUCGAAGAAGUUGCUGAAACCGUUGCCGAACCAGUCGAAUCGACCUAGUCUCGACAUAUCCCCCCCAUAAUAAAACGUCACCUUCAGUCGUAGAUGUAAAACAUUCUACGUAGCCGCUUAAUAUGUACGGUAUAACUGCUUAUUGCGGACUAUAUCCAGGGCCACCAGCUAUAUAUAGAGGGAUAACGAUCCGAGAGCUUCAACUACAAAGCACCGUUUAAUCACGUUCGUUAUACAUCAAUCAUCAAAAAAGAAAUUGAGCGCACGACGGGCAGUAUGUACGGAACAAGUUGUGGAGUAAAUGACAUUCGGAGGAACAACACAAUGGCGUGUGUGAGUGACAAGAACUCUAUAAAAGCAGCACACAGUCGCAUAUACAAGAAAACUUUUGUAUGCAACUCGCAGAAAGAAACUGCCCGCUUGGGAAAUCUAAAGUGUACGGUGUGGCAAAGGGGAAAAAGUUAAACGAAAAAAUAAACACACACACAGUCUCA